ACCCAGUAAACUGCAGUGUCCCCACUGAGCUCCGGGCAUCUCGUGUACGCCAGCGUGCACUUCCGUAAAGUCAAGGCAGCCCCGAAAGCUGCUCACCCCCCACCCCCCGCAGUGCAGGAGCCACAGUGCUGUUCACCAUGGUCGCGACCAGCAGCUUAAGCAGUAAAAAUUCGGCCAGCAUUUCAGAGUUGAUAGACCGUGGCUUUCCGCCUGGAAGUCUGAGUGAUUUUGACUACUGGGAUUAUGUUGUGCCAGAACCCAACCUCAAUGAGGUAGUAUUUGAAGAGACAACGUGCCAGAGCCUGGCUAAAAUGCUGGAGAAUUGCCUGUCCAAAUCCAAGCAAACCAAACUUGGCUGUUCCAAGGUUCUCGUCCCUGAGAAACUGACCAAGAGAAUAGCUCAAGAUGUGUUGCGCCUGUCUUCCCCUGAGCCCUGUGGUCUUCGAGGUUGCAUUAUCCAUGUAAACUUGGAAAUUGAAAAUGUAUGUAAGAAGCUGGAUAAGAUUGUGUGUGAUGCUAGUGUGGUGCCUACCUUUGAGCUUACACUGGUGUUUAAGCAGGAAAACUGUUCGUGGUCUAGUUUCAGGGACUUUUUCUUCAGUAAAGCUCGUUUCACAUCUGGUUUUAAGAGAACUCUGAUUCUCAGUCCAGGAUUUAGGCUUGUUAAAAGGAAACUUUACUCACUGAUUGGAACAGUCGUUGAAGAGUGCUAGAAAAAUCUCUCUUGCUGACUUGUAAUAGAUUGUGCCACUGUUUGGUUUGAUGUCACUUGUAGCUUGACUGGCCUCAUCAAGAAACCCCAAAUUUAGCCCAUCUGACAUGUGUGUUCCUUAUUCAGCACAACCUCAAGGGUUUUGCUCCAAAACAUUAAUCUUGUGGCCUGCCCAAAACAUCCCCAACGGAGUAGACGCUCUCCACUGAUUGAGGCCAUAGCCACCGAAAAAUAGGAUGGAGCGGGAGGGGACUCAGUGAGCCUUUCACUUGUGAAGCUGUAUUCACUCUGGCCCAUCCUUUCAGAAGCAGGCAGGCUACUCGGUAAUUAAUUAAUUAGUUACGUCCAACCAGUCAGCCCUGGAGCUUAACUUGUUGACAAUAUGAAUGACAUUUUGCUUAGUUUGCUCUUCAUAAUGGCACUUUAAAAAUUCUCCAAAUUAAUCCUUACAACUUUAUAACCUUAUUAAACGAAGCUCAGUGAGUAAGAAAACUUCUGAAAGCUCAGAAAACCAAUGUUCCUACCUUGGAUUGAAGGGUUCUUAUCCCACAAGGUAGAAUUUAAGUCUCUGAGCUUAGCUUGAAACUGACUCUUGGAAGGAGCUGAUUAGGAAUGUUACAGAGACAACACAGUUCUGUCUUUACUCUUACCAUUUCUCCUUCACCUUUGAAGGUAUGGAGGGGGUGAAUAAUCUUGCAUUGUAAUUUCAACAAAUUUAUCACAGUUUUUCUCAGCUUCAUUUGUAAGGUACAUGCUCCAUUUUUAAAAGGUUAUAUAUUGCUUAUUAUCUUUUGAAUUGCAGAGAGGUGAUAAAUAAAACACAGCAGCAGCAUGAUAAUGGUAGAAAAAACACUGGCCCUGGGUUCAAAUCCUACCUAUAAUGCUUAGUAACUACUCAACCUUGGGCAAAUCACUUUAAGCUCCCAA